ACAAGAAUAUAAAAGAAGGAAAAAGAAGAAGACGACAUAGCAAAGCCUAGAAACAUGGGUCACCAUUCUUGCUGCAACCAACAGAAGGUUAAAAGAGGACUUUGGUCUCCUGAGGAAGAUGAAAAGCUCAUCAGAUACAUUACUACUCAUGGAUAUGGCUGUUGGAGUGAAGUUCCAGAAAAAGCUGGGCUUCAAAGGUGUGGCAAGAGUUGUCGCUUGAGAUGGAUUAAUUAUUUAAGACCCGAUAUUAGAAGAGGGAGGUUUACACCUGAGGAGGAGAAGUUAAUUAUAAGCCUUCACGGGGUCGUAGGAAACAGAUGGGCUCACAUUGCAAGCCACUUGCCAGGUCGAACUGACAAUGAAAUAAAGAACUAUUGGAACUCAUGGAUAAAAAAGAAAAUAAGAAAGACUUCUUCGGUGUCUUCAACAACCAUUGCACAAAGUAUCGAUCACAAUUCUUCUGACCAGUUCAAUUACAAUUCCAAUCUAGUACUAGACCACUUUCCCAACCAUGAUAACAAUCUACAAACAAAACCACCAGUUCAAGAAACCUUGUUUUCCUCAACAUGCCCUCUGUUCAUGUUUGACACUACUAGUUCACUAGAAGCUGGCACAGCAAUAGACUGCAAUAGUACUACUGUGCGAGCAGAACAUUUUCAAGAUGCUGUGGGUUUGAGCACUGAAACAUGGAACUUGAGCCACCAUCAGGUUCAUGCACUUCCACCUCUCACAGUGAGUGUAGGUUUGGACACCACAAAUUAUUUGCCACCAUUGAUUGAGAACGUGGACAACAUGGUCCCAAUUGAGGUACAAUCUUGUACCAUGGAUGAGCAAGGAGAUAUAGCACUAGAGUGCUUGCAGAGGCGAGGCUUAAAUGAAUGGAUGGUGGAGACGCAGCAACAAUGUCCUAACUUUCUUUUUUGGGACAGUGUUGAAGGACAGCUUGGUGGGGAAGAACUAGCACCAAAUUCAUCAAAUGUGGAAGCAAAUAUGCUUUCUCCUUUUCCUUCUUCUUUGUGUGGAAGUAUUUGCAGAACUUUGUUUCCCAACCUCCAUUGCCUCCGCUUCUACCUCGCUACCAUGAUCAUUCCUGAGAAGAACCGCAAGGAGAUCUGCAAAUACCUCUUCCAAGAGGGAGUUUGCUUUGCGAAGAAGGACUUCAAUUUGGCGAAGCACCCUGAGAUUGACGUGCCGAAUCUGCAGGUGAUUAAGCUGAUGCAGAGUUUCAAGUCUCGCGAGUAUGUGAGGGAGACUUUUGCUUGGAUGCACUAUUACUGGUUCCUCACCAACGAUGGAAUCGAGUUUCUCAGAACUUACCUUAACCUUCCUUCCGAAAUUGUCCCUGCUACUUUGAAGAAACAGGCCAAGCCACCUGGCAGGCCCUUUGGCGGCCCAUCCGGUGAUCGCCCUAGGGGUCCACCACGCUUUGAAGGGGAGCGUAGGUUUGGUGGUGAUCGUGAUGGAUACCGUGGAGGUCCCCGAGGAGGACCUGGUGGUGACUUUGGAGGAGACAAGGGAGGAGCUCCUGCUGACUACAGGCCCUCUUUUGGGGGUGCUGGUGGAAGGCCUGGCUUUGGUCGUGGAUCUGGUGGUUUUGGAGCGCCAACCAGCUCAAAUCUUCCCUAAGUAUAAUGCUAUCUGCUAUAUUUUUUGUUUAGUUUUCUAGGAAGACUUGUUUGUAGUUGGAAUCAAUGAUAAUUUUCCAUCUCAUAUAGAUUGUUUUAUCGGCCUGACACUAGUUUAUAUUCAGUUUUUCGUUCAAUGAAGAUUUUGAUUUUUGAGUGUU